AAAUCAACCAUUACUCCAUCGUUUCUCAGCCGUGUGAACAUGAUUUGCCGAAUUCGUGCCUCUCGACGUCUCUCGGAAGAAGGCUUCGAAGUCUUGGAAGCUACUUUUAGGGAGUUUGCUUUCUCCGCAGAUGUAUUAAUUACAUUGAUCCAAAAAUCCUUCUUCUCCGGGACAUAAUGUCCACUGUUGUUACAUAUUCAUGAUUCAGCGUAUGACUCUAUACGCCUAGCAUCCAUUCAUUUCAGGUUCGCUAUAUAUUUCCUUUCUCUUCCAAUAUAUCGAAUCAUGAAUUUACGUCGUGCUAUCAUCAUCUGUCCCUCCACUUGACCUUGAUUUCAUCCUGAUCGCCACUCAUGGCGCUCCAACAACCGGACCCGAACCCGGACAAGCAUGUUGUCGUCGCAUCACCUCCGAACCCUACCUCAAACGAGAGCAGCACCAUGGAGUUGCCCGUAGUUGAAAAGGCCCCGACGGAACCAGACACCGAAGAGUCAAUGGAGGCCCGUAUCGAGCGUCUGGGCCGCGAACGACCCCCAGCCUUCAAAACCGUCUGGUCUGAACUGGGAUUCGUCUUCUCGAUUCUGAUGUCUCAGAUUUUGACCGAGUACUUUGUCUCGGGCUUCAACAUCAUCCUCCCCACCCUCAUCGAGGACCUUGGCAUUCCUCAAUCCUCCAGUGUCUGGCCAGCGACGGCAUUCUCCCUCGUCAUCGCGGCCACACUCCUGGUCUUUGGUAGACUGGGCGACAUGUACGGCGGAUAUCCGGUGUAUCUGGCCGGUCUGGCCUGGCUCGUGGUCUGGAGUAUCGUAUGCGGAUUCUCCACGAACCCACUGAUGAUGGACCUGUGUAGGGCUCUGCAGGGCCUGGGCCCCGCCGCUUUCCUACCGACGGGUGUCAUGUUGAUGGGCACCGUCUACCGCCCAGGACCCCGGAAGAACCUCGUCUUCGCCAUGUACGGCACGUUCGCGGUCAUCGGGUUCUACUUUGGCAUCUUCUGCGCGGGCAUCAUCAGCCAAUUCAUCCGCUGGGGCUGGUACUUUUGGGUCGGCGCGUCACUGACCUUCCUGGUGCUCGUCACGUCGGCCAUCUUCAUACCCGACGACUCCAAGGAGCGACGCAAGAACGGGAUCGUCAUGGACUGGCUCGGCUCCGUGGCCAUUGUGUCUGGGAUCGUCUUGGUCGUGUUCGCCAUCACGGAAUCGGCACAUGCCACGCGAGGCUGGCGCACACCCUACAUCCCCACGCUCCUCUGCGUCGGCUGCGUCGUGUUGUUCGUCGCGGCGUACAUCGAGGGCCGGGUCGCCGAGAUGCCCCUCUUGCCGGCCGACGUCUUCGCGACCCCCUGCAUGACGCAACUCACCGUCGCCCUGCUCCUGCUGUACGGCAAUUGCGGCAUCUACCUCCUCUACGGCACCCAGUACUUCCAGAACAUCAUGGGCGCCACACCCUUGCAGGUCGUGGCUUGGUUCACGCCCACGGCCAUCGGCGGCAUCGUCCUCAACAUCCUGGAAGGCUACUUCCUGCACUUGGUGCCCGGGAGGGCCUUGUUGGUCGUGUCCGGGGCGUCGGCCGUCGGCGCGCCCCUCCUCCUGGCCCUCGUCCCCGAGGGCGGGAGCUACUGGGCUUGGAUAUUCCCUUCGAACAUCCUGACCACCAUGAGCAUCGACCUGUCGUACACGCUGAUCUGCGUCUUCGUCACCACGCAGCUGCCGUCCUCCCGGCAGGGUCUCGCGGGCGGCCUGAUCAACAGCGUCCUCCAGCUCGGCAUGGCCGUCGUCCUCGGCUUCAGCGACAUCGUCCAGUCCUACACCGUGGACGAGGCGGGCCUGAGGCGGAGCUACAAAAACACCUUUUGGCUCGCCGUGGCCACGGGCGCCGCCAGCCUGGUCAUCAUGACCAUCUGGGGCAAGGUCGGCAAGGCCAAGAGCGACCUCACCGCCGACGAGAAGUUGGAGUUGCAAAGAGAGGCCACGAGAUUGUCAUCCGCGCCAGAGUGAUUGAGACAGCCCCUCCACAGACCAACAAAAAUCAAAAGAGUAAGAAGACAAGGCUGCAAAUACACUCAUGACUUGAAUUUCCCCAACAUGAAUCUUUGAUUUUGAUCUUUUCUGUCAUCAUCAGCGACGGAGUUUCGAUCUUACACAUGUAUCUGUUUGUUUGAAAGGCUGCAUCAAGGGAAGAUAGAAUAUAGCAUGUUUUAGGCGUCAUUUGAACAAAGAUUCUACCUUGGGGAUAUUAUAGUACAUUGGCGAACAUUUCAUGUACUCUGUACGUAGCUAUACAUACCGAUCUGAUCA